AGAGGCUGAUGAUUUUAUCAUCUGAUUUUUUCCUCUCUCCAGAAUGGGUUCUGGGUGGGUCCCCUGGGCGGCGGCUCUGCUAGUGAAUCCGAGAAGGCCGGAUUCCUCCCUGAGACAAGGUACAGACGCUCCAGAAGAUUUUGUGGUUCAGGCAAAGGCUGACUGUUACUUCACCAAUGGAACAGAAAAGGUGCAGUCUGUGGUCAGAUUCAUCUAUAACUUGGAGGAGUGCGCACGCUCCGACAGUGACGUGGGGAUGGCCGUGGCCCCGAGGCGCUGGGGCAGCCUGACGCCGAGCGUGGGCCGCGGACGUGCUGAGAGGAGCAGGGCGGCGUUGGGCGCGCUCUGCAGGCCCUACUACAAGCAGGCGCCCUUCACUGUGGGGAGACAGGUGCAACCAGACAUGGCAGUGUACCCAGAGAGGGCCCCACUCCUGCAGCAGCACGAUCUGCUGCUCUGCUCUGUGACUGGCUUCUACCCAGGGGACAUCAAGAGCAGGUGGUUCCGGAAUGGGCAUGAGGAGAGAGUUGGGGUCAUGUCUGCCGGCCUUGUCAGGAAUGGAGACUGGACCUUUCAGACUAUGGUGAUGCUGGAAAUGACUCCUGAACUUGGAGAUGUCUACUGCCUUGUUGAUCACCCCAGCCUGCAGAGCCCCGCGUCUGCUCAGUGGACAGCUCAGUCUGAUUAUCCUUGGAGAAAGAUGCUAAGUGGAGUUGCUGCCUUCCAGCUCGGGCUGAUCUUGGUGGGGGUGCUCCUCCGCCUCAGGGCUCAGAGAGGAUAUGUGGAGACACAGAUGUCUGGUGAUGAGGCCUCAAGAGCUGUUCUCCCCCCACGGCCACACUAAGGUCCUCACUGGAGCUUCUUCCCCCAGAGCCUGAAGUAAUGGCGGGUGGCCGGGGUCCUCGGCGAGGGAGAGGACACUCAGGAGGCCAGUGUUCUGGGAUGAAUAUUUUCCUUGAUCCUUGGAGGAGUCCCGAACUGAUUUUGGAGUUUCGUGUUUUGAGAUCAUGCCUCUCCCACCCAUCUGCCAUUCCUCCUACUCGUAUGUCGCUAAUCCCCUGGCCACUGGCCAGAAACGCCCCUCAAGCCUGACCGUCCAGCCUCCAACGGCCGACUUGUGCUUUUCCGUGGUCCGCCAUACCCUGCAGGUCACGAUGCCAAAUGUUCCGCU